CAGUCUGGAUCUGGCCUGAGCUCCUACUGAGCAUGACUGCAAGGUUGUGACACCAGCAACAGAAAGCAGCUCCUGAUCCUCAGCUCUCCCCAUGUGCUGCAGAGGCCAAAUAUGACCACAGAGAUGGAUGGCAACUGUGCCAUCUGCCAGGACACCUGGGAUGAUGUGGCUUCUGCUCUGCCCUGUGGCCACCUUUUCUGCCAGGUCUGCAUCCUGCAGUGGGCACAGAUAAAUCCUGUGUGCCCACUCUGCAGAAGAACGAUAGAUACUGUCAGGUUUUCUGACAACACAGACAAGUCUCUGGAGAUUGUCAUCCCAGCCCCCGAGCAGCUGCCAGCAGCCACGAGCCAGGCAGGGAGAGCUCCUGGUGGCCAGGAUGAGAACAGCCCUCAUCCCCCUGUGCUGCCCCAUCCCUCUUCUCCUCAAGAGACACCACCCCGAGCUGUCGGCGGUGUCCUGCCUGAGGUCUGGGCACAACUUUUCCGCCAGCAACGGGAACUUCUGGAUCCUGUGCGGACUUGGCUGCGCCAAAGGACAGAGACCGUGUGUGGGGAGCUGUGGUGGCUGGCAGAGAGCUGCAUCCUGUACCUGCUCUAUGUGUAUGGGCCACACCAGGAGAUCAUGAUCGAGGGUUUGCAGAGUGUCCUGGAGGAGCACACAGUGCCACUAAUCCAGGACACCAUCGACAUCAUUGUGAGACACUGCAGCUCGGGGGCCCAGAGGCUGCUGCGCUCCAGUGCUGCUGCGGAUGAGAAUGACAGCCCAGCAGCCAGCAGCAGAUCCAGCUCCAGCUCCAGCUCCAGCUCCAGCUCCAGCUCCUCCAGCUCUCAAAUGGGGACUCCAGCCAGCAGCAGCCCUGCACUCUCCAUGGAGGAGGAGGAAGCCACCACAGGAGCCGCUGCCCAGCCCAGGGGGCACAGCCACCCCCCAAGUGUCACUAUGUCCGCAGGGCAGGACCGGCCCCAGCAGGAGCCAGAGCAGGAGGUGAUGUUGGCAGGUUCAUCUGCCCAGAGCAGCAGGCCCAGAUCUCCUGAUCCUCAGCAUCCCCCAAAGAAAAGGGCCCCUGAGCCCCAGGACUCUCCCCCCACCUGCAAGAGAUUCCCCCGCCAGCAGAACUAAAGGGCCCUUGCAACCCUUUAUUCAGGGAAAAAGAAAUAAAUUGUUAUUUCCCUUACACAGUCCCUUGGCACUGCUUCCUCAGCCUUCUGGUGCCUGUGCCCUUGUGCCCCACCAUGGCUGGCACCCAUGUGCUGAGGGGCGCUGCCACAGGCCCAGGGCCGUGCAGGCCGCACCUUUUCCACAGGAAAUCUGCUGCAGCCGAGCACCUGCAGGGCAGCAGAUGCCAAAGGCAAAGUGAGCAGCGGGGGUAGCUGGUCUCGACACAGAAUGAUUUAGGAGUGCUCCACUCUGGAUCUCUCUGCAUGCUGUGGAGCAGGGAUCAGAAACAGGGCCAAGGACAUGUGAUGCAGGUGUCUGAGGGAGAGCAUCAUGGAGAAGUAGAAACUGAAACUAGAAAACAGUAUUUCCUUUUUUCUCCUGACAACAUGUGCCUGCAGGGAUGGAAGGCACACUGUGUCAUCACAGUAUUGAGGAGCCUGAAGUGCAGACGGUGACACCACUGAGCACUGGAUUGUGACCUCACAUCCCUCACUGCUUAUCGUGGAGUUCCAAGGACUUGGAAUGCCUUUUGUGUUGUCACUGGGGGUGCAGGCUGGUGUCAGAGAGCAGUGGACUGUGACACCACAGGGGGAUGGAUUGUGACAUUGUGCCCCUCACUGCUUCCAUUCAGACAUUGGCAGGGCCACUUUGGCUCCAGCCUGAACUCCUACUGAGCGAGGCUGCAAGGCCCAGAGGAUCCAGGCAGCCAAGCUCUGGUGCUGGGCACGGCCUGUUCUUGGCACAUCUCGGUGCCAGUCCCGGAGCCAUCAGGAGUGAUAUGGCCACAGAGACAGGUGGCAACUGCCCCAUCUGCCAGGACUCCCAGAAGGAUGGGACUUCUGCUCUGCCCACCGCCACCGCUUCUGCCUGGGCUGCAUCCUGCGGUGGGCACAUGGGCACACAGAAAUCCCUCGUGCCCACUCUGCAGGACACCGACAGAGACCGUCAGGUUUUCUGACCACGCAGACGAGUAUCUGGAGACAGCCAGAACCGCCCUGGAAUAGCAGCAUUCCAGGUGUCAGGAACUGAGAAUCCUCCAGCUCCCCUCCCAAAUUCCCACCAAAAUCAGGAAUUACAGCAUUCUGAGCAUUGGG